AUGGGAAAAAUCUCAAAUACAACCUGAAGAAACCAUGGUGUCAACAACUUCAGAAAUUGAUACGGUACGAAAUUUUCUAAAUUUUCCUGGUAACGUUGAUAUCGCAGAACUUGCAACUGCUUUGGGAAUUAUGAAUGUCUCUCUAGAAGGACCGAAUGGAGAACAAAGAAGGCAAGCGAUCCUUGAUAGUAUGCCUCUCUCGGCAUUCUUUACUCUUUUAGGGAGCUACGACGAUGCUGUGACUUCCGCAGCCUGUAAAGAAUAUUUGACGUUAGGCCUUCAAUUUAAUUCUUCAGAAGUUCGAAUGUUGGCAUUAAGUCAGGUUGAAAAAUGUUUGGAAUCUGAAGAAACAGUUAUAGACCUGGUUAGAUCGCAAAUGCUUCCGGUUGUGUUGGAAGGAUUAGGUUAUGAUGACAAUUUAAUAUCAAUGAAGGUGACAGAAUUCCUUGUCAAGCUUGUUAAUUACGCUAGCGGGUUACAAGCUCUUUUUGAUUCAGGGUCAAUUGCAAUCCUAGAUCAGCUCUCUCAUGGAGACGAGACGGUAAAAUUUCGCGUAUUCGAUCUGGUGUCUCGAAUAUCGAUAUCUUCUCCGGAAGCAUUUCAAUUAUGCGAGACAUCUGGUGCUCUAAAUGCGAUAACUUCCGAAUUAAAUUCGAAUGACUUAUUACUUAAAUUAAACGCAAUAGAAACUUUUUCAAAGAUAGUUCAAAGCCGUACUGGAUACACAUUUCUUGAAAGAGCUGGAACUAUACAAUCUCUUGUUGAAAUCAUGGCGCAAGAAGAUGACAAUGAUAUCGUAUUAGUGUUAGAGAUAAACUUCGAAGAGAUAGAUAAUAAAUACAAUAUAUUAUUAAAAAUGGAUUCAUAUCUAUCUAGUUCCAAUAUGAGUUUGAAGAUAAACACAAUUAAUAUUAUUGGAGUAAUUGGAAGUAAUCCUCGUGGCCUUAAACUAUUAAAUUCCAGUGUAUCUCCUAAGAUACUUUGCAAAUUUUUGGACCUUUAUCACAGCUCUGCGGGGGAUGUUAAAAUAGCUUGUUUACAAUCCAUUUCGUGUUUGCUUGGUGUUAGUGAGGAAUCAACACCAGAAAUUUCUGAUAUUACUCAUCAAAUUUAUAAUCAGAUUGGAGGAGAUCCUACGCCACUUUCCACUCUACUUUCUAACGUUAAACAAACUCUAGAAGAACUUAGAAUCACUAGCUUUGCUAUCAUGCGAAAUAUGGCUCUGCAUCCUUGGGGUCAAACCGAGAUGACAAAUUCCCGAGAAUUUAUUGAUUACAUAUUAAAUCGAUCCACCGAAACAACUAAAUUGGGCAAGGAAUGGAAGUUUACAAUUAUUCAAACUUUGAUCCAAGCCCCUAACGCCGAAAAUAUUAUUCCAUCAAACAUUUUUGAUCGUCUAACGCGAUAUCUUCGAGAAGGACCUUUCUUCGUGAGAACAGAGGCUGCCGUUACAUUUGAGAGUGCAUAA